AGAACAUGUGGAGUUUAAGGAAGCUACAGACAGUUUACCAGAUGAUCAUCAAAGUCUGACACAGAGGACAACACCAGGUUCCAUCAUGGCUGCCGUUACAGAUGCUGCACCUGAUCUCAGGGUUGUGCUGUUGGGAAAAAGUGAGAACAAGAAGACAGAACUUGGUAAUUUGAUCACUGGACAACGAAGAGUUCAUCACCAGAAAUAUUAUCCAACCAAACCCUGUGUGUCCUCCUGUGGAGAGUGGAGAGGAAAACUAGUGACUGUAGUAAAAACUCCGGAUCUGUUCAGUCUGUCUGAGGAAGACGUGAGAAGAAAAGUGAAGGAAUGUGAGCGUCUCUGUCCUCCUGGACCAAAUGUUCUGCUGCUGUUAGUGAAGCCUUCAGAUUUCACUGAAAAUGAGAGAAACUCCCUGAAGUUCAUCCUGAGUUUGUUUGGAGAAGAUGUCUUCAGAUAUUCGAUGGUCAUCAUCACACAUGAGAAUAAAAUAAAUGAUGAUGUCAGUGAACUCCUCAGAGAAUGUGCAGGAAGACAAUACAACAUGGUUCAUGGAGACCGCAGACAGUUAAUGGAGGAGAUUGAAAACAUUAUGCAGGAAAACAAAGGAAGGUCCCUCAUCUUCACUGAAGGUACCAGAAGACCAAAGUCUGAGAUGUUCAAAGCAGCAUUAAACCUGGUUGUGUUUGGGAGGAGAGGAGCAGGGAAGACUUCAGCAGUCAAGGCCAUUUUAGGUCAGACAGAGCUUCGUUCAGCCUCCAGCUCAUCAGAGUGUGUUAAACAUCAGGGAGAGGUGUGUGGACGUCGGCUUUCUCUGGUGGAGAUGCCUGCCUUGUAUGGAGAACCUCAGGAGGCAGUGAUGGAGGAAUCAUUCAGGUGUGUCUCCCUCUGUGAUCCUGAGGGGGUCCAUGCCUUCAUCCUGGUCCUACCUGUGGGUCCCCUCACUGAUGAAGACAAGGGAGAGUUACAGACCAUCCAGAACACAUUCAGCUCUCGAGUCAAUGACUUCCUCAUGAUUCUGUUCACUGUGGAGUCAGAUCCUGCAGCUCCAGAUGUUGUUAACUUCAUCAGAGAGAACAGAGACAUUCAGGAGCUCCGUCAGAGCUGUGGAGGAAGAUCUGUUGUUCUCAACAUCAAAGAUAAGCAGCAGGUCCCAGAGCUGCUGGAUGCUGUGGAAGAAAAUAUUCCUGGUAAUGACAAAACAUACGGCUAUACAACUAAAACGUUCAUGUUUGGCAAAAUGGAGGAGGUUUCCCAGCUACAGUCUGGACUUCAGGAGUUCAGGACAAAGACCAACGUCAGAGGUGCUGAUGAGCAGCGGAGCUCCGAGAGUCUCAGAAUCGUUCUGAUCGGAAGAACCGGCAGUGGAAAGAGCUGCUCAGGAAACACCAUUCUGGGCAGUAAAACAUUCAAAUUUAAAUCCAGCCAACAGUCUGUUACCAAGAACUGCCAAAAAGACCAUACCAUGGUGGACGGUCGUCCUGUUGCCGUGGUCGACACACCUGGUCUGUUUGACAACAGUUUGUCUAACGACCAAGUCAGUGAGGAGAUGGUGAAAUGCAUGAGUCUUCUGGCUCCAGGACCACAUGUCUUCCUGCUGGUGUUACAGAUUGGCAGACUUACACCAGAAGAGAAGGAGACAUUACAACUCAUCAAGAAGGUUUUUGGGAAGAACUCUGAGAAGUUCACCAUCGUUCUUUUCACGAGAGGAGAUGAUCUGGAACAUGAGGAACUGUCCAUUGAAGAUUACAUAGAAAAUAAUUGUGAAGACUCAUUUAAGAAGCUGAUCUCUGACUGUGGAGGAAGAUACCACGUGUUUAAUAACCGAGAGAAACAGAACCGAUCGCAGGUCCAUGAGCUGAUCAGAAAGAUCGACACCAUGGUGACGGAAAACGGAGGAAGCUGCUUCACCAAUGAGAUGCUGCAAGAAGCUGAAGCAGUGAUACGGAAAGAAAUGGAGAGACUCCUGAAGGAGAAUGAAGAGAUGAAGAGACAACAAGAAGAGCUUGAACACAAAUAUGAGAAAGAAAAGGAAGAAAUGAAAAGAAGAAUGGAAGAAGAGAGAGCAGCAAUGGAAAAGGAAAGAAAACAAAAAGCUGAACAACUGAAUGAAAUGAAGAAGAAUAUCGAAAAGGAGUGUGAGCAAAGACAAAGAGAGCAGAAAACCAGAGAAGAGGAAGAAAAGAAAAGAAAAGAGGAGGAAGAACGACAGCAGCAGCAGUGGGAACAUGAACGAGAAGCUUUGGAGACAAAAAUCAGGUCAGAAUCAGAAGAAAAGGAGACGAUUGACAGAAAACUGGAAGAGAGCAGAAAAGAGAUGGAAGAAAGACGGAAAGCCUGGGAGAAAGAACGAAAAGAGUGGUGGGACAACCGACAACAAGAAGAUGAAGAGAGACGUCAAGAGGAGGACAGAAAGCUAGAAAAACUUCAAGAGGAAUUUAAACAGGAGAGAGAAAAAUAUGAAAAGAAAAUAAAAGAGGAUGAUGAAAAAAUAAAAGAACAGCAGAAAGAAAAACAAGAAUUAGAGAAAAACUACAAGAAACAAAUGGAGAACAUGAAGAAGAAACAUGAAGAGGAGGCCAGAAGACAAGCUGAAGAACUGAAUGAUUUCCAAAAGAAAAACAAAAAUCUGGAAGAAAAGAGAGCAGAAAACCAGAGAAGAGGAAGAAAAGAAAAGAAAAGAAAAGAGGAGGAAGAACGACAGCAGAAGAAGUGGGAACAUGAACGAGAAGCUUUGGAGACAAAAAUCAGGUCAGAAUCAGAAGAAAAGGAGACGAUUGACAGAAAACUAGAAGAGAGCAGAAAAGAGAUGGAAGAAAGACGGAAAGCCUGGGAGAAAGAACGAAAAGAGUGGUGGGACAACCGACAACGAGAAGAUGAAGAGAGACGUCAAGAGGAGGACAGAAAGCUCGAAAAGCUUCAAGAGGAAUUUAAACAGGAGAGAGAAAAAUAUGAAAAGAAAAUAAAAGAAGAUGAUGAAAAAAUAAAAGAACAGCAGAAAGAAAAACAAGAAUUAGAGGAAAACAACAAGAAACUAAUGGAGGAGGCCAGAAGACAAGCUGAAGAACAGAAUGAUUUCCAAAAGAAAAACAAAGAUCUGGAAACUCUGAUGAGGAAACAAAACGAGGACCUGAAGGACCUGAAGGAGAAAUAUGAGGAAAAGCGUUGUACCAUCUCCUGA